CCUGUCUAAUACCAUACCCUCCAGCCGGAACAAAGCCGAAUCUGAUCUCUGUCUUUAUUGCUCCGGACUUGUAUGGUCUGCAAUAGGAAGUAAGGCUGACUUAUUUUUUAAACAAAAACGUAAGCUAACAGAAGCCAACCAUCAACUGGUACUCGGGAGAGCAAUCGCAUCAGGUUCCACCCCAUAUUUCAGACUCCACCCUUUUGUUUAUUGGAUUCAAACGAGGUCACCGACAGUAAAGGUUUUGGUUUAUCUCGAAAACUGGAAGCUCUCACUUCUGACUUCAAGGCUACAAGCUGCUAUCCUCUGCUGGUCAGACACAUUUAAAAUGAAGAACGUAUUUGAUUAGAUGAAAUGCAACCAAAGUUUAUCUGCAAAGGACUACUAAAUAAAUAAUCACAAACGUCAAAUUGUAUUUUUAGCGACAUUUCCACUCCGAAAAAUAACUUCUGCAGUUUCUUUCUGGAAUGUCAAGUUUUCAUUUAUUUCCUGGAACAGUGGGCCCUUACUCAAAGGAAGCAAAAUAAGGACUGGUUGUGAAAUGGUUAUACCCAUGCUGUUUGGUCCACUUUUAUCAUUGGUAACCACAAGAUCAACUGCAUGUUUUAAACUGCCAGAAGACGGCUAGAAAAGAGGCGAAAUGUUUUCAUAUUGCCAUGUGACUUGCUCUGCACCCAGAGGUUUCACAUUUACAUACAAAAAUGUCACUGUGUUACUAGUUUUUUAUGCAAGUAUUGCCAGCAGUGUGACUGGGAGCUGUCCAGCUGCCUGUAUUUGUGCCAGCGACAUUGUAACCUGCAGUAACAAGAAUCUCUCUGCUGUGCCUGGUAAUUAUUUUGAAUUUGUAUCAAGACUGGACUUGAGCUAUAACAGGAUUACUAUUCUGAGCACUGACUGGUCAGCCGGUCGUCUUGAUAAACUUGGCACACUGAUUCUAAAUCACAAUUCUAUAAAGCACAUUUCUCCUGGCACUUUCCGUAAGGCACCUAAUGUAAAAUACUUAGAUUUGUCCUCCAACACACUCAGUGUAUUGAGUGCAUCAGUCUUUCAAGACCUCAAAGAGAUGGAAGUUUUACUGCUCUUUAAUAAUCAAAUUACCCAGAUAAACUCAGGUUCCUUUGCUGGCCUCCAAAAAUUGCAGAGGUUGUACUUAAGCAAAAACUUGCUCACUCAAUUUCCUCUAGAACUUUUUAUUGGAAAGCUCAGACUUUCUCAACUUGAAUUUUUAGAUCUCUCUUUCAACUCCCUUCAAGAAGUGCCUGUUCAGAAGAUAAUUUCACUGCCAGCCAGACAACAGUGUGGUAUAUAUCUUCAUGAAAACCCUCUUACUUGUGACUGCACAUUGUACACCAUGCUAACCUACUGGUUGAAAAGACAAUUCCAUCCUGUUACAGAUUUCAAAGGUGAUUAUAAAUGUUUCCUUCCGCCUCAUUUGGAUUUUCCCAUUAAUCUGUUUUCCCAGACAGAUGACUUUAUGAACUGCUCCAGCAGCACUGUUAAUGGCUCCUUCUACUCUUCAGGAGUGAUUUAUGAGGUUCGUAUAGGAAACAGUCUUGUGGUCCACUGUGACAGCAAAAUCACACAUGCACAUUCAAAUUUCUUUUGGAUCACUCCACGUAAAGAACUAUUGAAGACAGGGGACAGCAACGAAAACCUGAAAGUUUUUCCAAAUGGAAGCCUGGAGUUCAGCAAUGCACAAAUCAAGGACACUGGAAUUUAUAUCUGUAUUGUACUCAAUCAUAGAAGAAACCUUAAUGAAAGCAUAGAAGUCACAGUUAAAGUUAGCAACUCUACAAGUGACAGGUCACGGCCUCAUGAAACCUUUAACACUGCCUUCACCACGCUUGCAGCCUGUGUGGCCAGUAUUAUUUUGGUUCUUAUCUAUCUCUACCUGACCCCUUGUCGCUGCUGGUGUAAAACAAAGAAGACACCAAGAAAACCAAAUCCAGGUAGUGCCCGCUCCUCCAUUCUUAGCACUACUCCCAGCAAUGAUGCCCAACCAGAGAGAAAAGCCAGCACUGCUAAAAGAGUAGUAUUCUUGGAACCAGGAACAGAACUUCAAGAAGGACAAAAUGGAAAAGUUAAGCUGCUUGCAUCAGACCAGGUCAUGACAGAAAGCAUCUUAAAAAACAGCAAAAUAAAGUCUGACUCUGAUUCUGUUACCUCAUUAUUUUCAGAUGCACCAUUUAUUACUUAGCUUUCCUGAUUUAACUGUCUCAUAAUUGCAGUUAUUAUCCUUAGCUGCCUUGCUCAUGGCAACAACAAGAUGUUUUAAUUUAUUGAUAAACUAAAAUCCAUAUAACUCAAGAGAAGAUGGGUAAAUAGUAUUCAGCCCUUUUACAAAUCCAUGACUUGUCAUGAUCUACAAGUAUUCUCUUUUUAACAAGUAAUCUUGAGAGUUAACUCUGUAUUUUUUAAUACACCUUCAAAAUUAAGAGAGGUUAGGGUAUGCUUGAACAAGAUUAAAUCAUGUGAGGUCGUGUUAAAAACAUUAUUUCCUAAACUAAACUUUUUUUUGUACGGUGUACCCAGUUGUAGGACAGUUGUAAUAAGUAUGCUUCAUCUAUUAACAUUGUACUUCAUUUCAAAUUAUAAAGAUACCAAAGCAUAUAACGUACACCAUUCUUAAUGCAUAUCAUUCUCUGUAUUACCUACACAUAUUACAUCAUAUAUUAUUUGUACAUCAGUAUCACUUGUAAUGUUAAUGUUACAUUACAGAUUGCUGUUUGCUCAUACAAAAUCAGACAAAUUCCAGGUUAUAUACAGUACCUCCAUGUACAUGACAGUUCUUCUGUGUUAUUGUAAACAGAUCAUAUGUUAUCCAGAUUAGCAGUCAAACCUUAAUUAUAAAUUAUACAAAGCUAGAGUCCUUAUCAAUAUUCUGUGGUAAUUUAAGGUUUUGUUUAAAUAAAGAAAUAUGCCACAGAUGUAAAUAGGCAUAAAAAUAGUAAAUGGUAGUUGAAGUUCUGUUUUAAUACAGCUACUGUGUUUGGAAAACAACAGUUAUAUUUAAACAGAUGUUGUAUUGUGAUUGAAGAAGAUGAGAUUAAAUAAACUUGUACACUAGUAAUGGUGUCUUGCUAAUAUGCUUUACAGUUAAGUUGAAAUGACAAAUUAAAAAGAUAUUAGCACAUUUUAUCAUAGGAGCAUUUAGUACCGAAGAAUUGCACUUGUUUCCUAAAGUUUUAUCUUAUUUUACUAAAACGCUAACAUCUAUCAGAUGUAAAACACUGGAAUGUGCUCUGUGAAAGUGUUUUGAUUUCUUUAUUUUUUGUGUGUCUCUACUUUAUGGAAGACAUUGAGUUGUCAGAUAUAAUUGAGCCAUAGUUCUUCAAAAAAUUAAUCUUACUGUUGACUAUGUUUACAUGUUUCAAAUGGCUGUCACUACUGACUAAAUGUAAUAGAUGUAUCACAUUCUUUUUAAUUUGUGAACAGGUUUCCUAGAAUGUUUGAAGGAAAAAAAAAGAUCACUCCUAGAAAGAAAGAUUUACAAAAGGUAAAAAUAAGUAUUUGUUUACACCGUAUGAUUAUUUUGAUGAUUUAUGUGUGCAAGACUCCAGAACCAACUGUUCAACUAACAUUGACCUAUAAAGUAUUUUUCCUAGCCUUCUUGUAAGAAAGCUCAUGCCAUGCAUUCCAUCUGGUGUACAUUUGUUCAAGUAAGCUAAACUACCAGGUAACGUGGCCUUUAGCUUCACUUUGACAUAACCAGCUAAUAUCACUGCGACUUCAUGUGCAGCGUAACUGCCAAACAGCUAAAAUUAGGUCGUGUUUGAGGCUUGUUUAUACUUGUUUAUUUAAUUGUCAAAAUCUAAUUCAAUGUCAAACCUUUGAAGAUUAGAUUAUUUGAAAGUGAAAUAUUAAGAUGGUUGAAGUCUGCAACCACGGAAACUGUCAUUGUUAUAAAUGCAAUCUGUGACAAAUUUGUGAUUAAAAACAUUGUGCAACAGUAACCUGUGAGAGGGGAUUAUAAUCUAGUGCCCUUGCUAACAUGAGUUGUUUUAUCCCCUAGCUAAAUGUGAAGUGCAAAUCAUGUGGCUUGGGCACCUUGAAAUUGUUUUUUCCCUGUGUGAAUAAAAGUAUAUAUUCCUGUUAAAAUUAAAUUAAAGUUUAUUCUCAACUACAGAUGGGUUAGUAAGCAGGUAUUCAGAAAGCUCACAAGCGUUUACUCUUACAAACUACUGUAAAGAUUUUGAAAUUAAGCAAGGGAGCCAUUUAAGUUACAACAAUUAUCAUCUUUCAGGGCUCAAAACUACAAAAAUAUAAAUGUACAAAAUCUCUGAAAAUAAAGAAUUCAAUGAA